AACGAUUCGCAUGUUUGAUUUGUAGUUAUUUUUUCCGGGAAGUGCGUACUCAGAACUGUCUUUCCACGUUUCUGUUCUCUCAUCUCUGGCUUCAUCUUCUCGCUCAUCCUGGUUCUCAGGAGUCUCUUCUUUUCUCACGGUUCUUAUCGCUUUCCCCUUCUUGCCCUUCUUGAAAAAUACUGCGCUUCUGCCUAUAAGUCUUCUUGCUUUACGUUCUUUACAAUUCUAUCUACAAUUUCUUCUCCUAACCUCCUUUUACCCGAUUAUCUCUUAUACAUUCAAAUCCUACCCGUAUAGUACUCCUAUGUCUCAACUUCCUUCCUGUUGAGUUUUCGCACUAUCAUCUCCCUACCUUCGUCGUUCUUUAUCGCCAGUCGUUUCUCGUCAUUCAACUACUCGCACCACAGGACUACAUAUAUAUCAUGCCUCGAUCACCUUCCCCUUCGCUGUCUUCCUCUAGAAGGCUCAGUUAUCCUUCUUCAAUCCCCUCCUCACCUUUUCCCACGCCUCCCUUCGAACGCACUGUAACCCACGAUCGUUUACUCUCCUCACAGGCUUAUGUUCGCAUAUCUCCCUAUCCAUCUCCAUCCCCCUCCCCGCCUCCCCGCACAGGCCCGAUUCGCCCUGGCCCGCCCAAGCGCUCUCACUCUUUUUGUGCCACAGAUCCAAAUUCAACCUAUGCUUUGGCUUCUGCUUCAUCUGCUACUCAUCUCAGUCCUGACAAGAGGUUUAUCGUAGCCCCUCCUCUUGAGAGGACUUUGAGUUCCCUUGGGUCCGUGGGUGAUCGGACAUCUCCGCGCCAGCAAAUGGCUAGGCCACCAGGCAUAUAUGCUAGAGAGUCAGAGAAUAUGGAGACUCCCAAGAAGAAUCGCGGGCACUUGUCUUCAGAAGGACCUGUCCUGCGCGAAGUCAAACACAACUUUCAGGACGUUCCUUCUUUUCCCAGCCCACCCAUUUUUACGUCUUCUCCUCCCGUCAUCCCCACUAUCCUCGUACAUCCCACUACUACCCCACCACGCCCAACUCUUUCUAUUAUACAAGCCAAUACGCCAUCCAACCCUUCUUCACGUUCUUCCUCUUACACUCUUAAUACCCCAAUCACUCCUGGGGAAAUGCUGUACGGUGCGAUUGAAGAGGCUGAAGAGGAUCUCGACGAUAUUGAUGGUGAGCUUGAUACAGACGAGGAUGUCGACAUGACUCCUUCUAAACCCAAGAAUGGUCGGAAAUUCAUUGAGACUGAAGGGUCUAUGAAAGGUGUGACUAUUGAGAUCAAGCAGCUUUCACUUGGACAUUGCUAGCCUCUUGUUUCAUCUUUACCUAUCAGUAUACUGGACAUUUUCCGACCAUUUUCAUCUUACACAUCGUUGUCAUGUUUGUACAUUAGCAACACAUUGUCAUAUCCACCUUCUCGCCGCGGUUAUCAUCUUUUUUCAUCCAGUCGUGAUUAGUGCAACAUACCACAUAACGAUCACGUGCGCCAAAGAAAAGCACAGAAGAUAGAUAGAAAGAAGUUGAAUGAAUCAUCGCUUGCAUAA